AUCCCGCGAAUCAUACGAAACUAAUUCGAAACAAAGGCUCCCCUAGCAUUCUGGUCUUCUGAACAUCCAAAUUCCGAUGGAAAUCGAGAAGAAUUGCACUUUUGAUCCUGACUUGGUUCACGAAAUCUUCAAGCUCGUUUGGAGAAGAAGAGCUGCUGAUCGCGAGAAAAAUGAACUCCCCCAAACUAUGGACACCGAGAUUGUCGGAGCAGCUAGCGCCUCCAGGAAAAAUCGGCCUACUUUUGCUAAUGCAACUGCACUGAAGCUGAGCUGCGAGCUGCUCCGAGUUUUUGUUGCAGAAGCUGUGCAGCGUGCUGCUGCUAUUGCUGAAGCUGAAGGUACUCAUAGAAUCGAAGCAACACAUUUAGAGAGGAUACUUCCACAGCUGCUUUUAGAUUUUUAAGGUUUUCUACCAAUUCUUUCUACAUGGUAUCAACGCCAGGUUCUAAGGCCUAAUUGCUGCAAAUUGUUAUCACCAUGGCUACCAAUGAGCCAACCUCUUCAUCAUUAGAAAUAACCUCUCCUCAUGUCCCAUCUCCUAACCCUAAUUUGGGCUCAUCUAAUAGUAGCCAUCUUCCAUCACCAACCACAAAUUGAUUGGUCAUAAUUACCUCCAAUGGUCUCAACCUGUGAUGAUGUAUGUAUGUGGGAAAGGUAAAGAAGACUAUCGUACCAGUGAUGUUCCUCCAAGCAAACAAGAUGCAACAUGGAAGACAGAACAAUGUGGUCAUGUCAUAGGUAAUCAACACAGCAAAAAUUUUCUCCUUUAUUACAGUUCAAGAAAUCUAUAAAGCAGCACGAGAAACCUCCUCUAGUUUUGAAAAUACAGUUGAGUUAUUUGUUGUAGAAAGUAUGCUUUAUGAACUCAAACAA